UCUUUGAGAUCGAGGACCAAGUCACAGAGGAAAAUGCAGAGCCUACACCAGGCUGCUGGCCGAAUUCUCAUUUCCCUGGGGGCUCUCAGUGUAUUCUCUGGAGUUAUCGCUUUCUUCCCUGUCUUUUCUUACAAGCUUUGGUUCACGGGAUGGAGUGUCUGGAUUGUUUGCCCCAUCUGGAAUGGAGCUUUGGCCAUCACGACUGGUAUACUUCUGCUGUUGGAUCACAAAGAGUGGACCAAGAGAUACCUGUGGGAAGCUAGUUUCACCUUUGUGAUUCUGAGCAUGAUGGGAUGUCCACUUCAUUUUGCUGUAGCCUUGGAAUCUGUUCUCCUUGGCCCAUAUUGCUUCUACUCGUUUUCAAGGAUAGCAGGGACUGAUUACCUUGGCUAUGCAGUUGCCUUUCCUUUUCCAUACGCAAGCUUCCCAUCAGCUUGUGUGGACCCGCUGCACUAUGAAGAGUACCACCUGACUCUUCAAGCCUUCGACCUGUGCCUGAGCUUUGCCAUGUUCUGUGUGUCCUUGACAGUGUUCAUCAAACUUUCUGCAGGACUGAUCUGGAAGACACACUUACAUAUACAGCCAAGCUCCUUCAUGUGAUAUCCAUGUAGGUGCAGCUCCUCUCCAAGAAUCUGGACUAAGGGGAAUUUACUGUGGUAUUGGAAUCCAAGAAGAAUUUCCAGGAAGGGAAAUAGAGAAAAAGUCGAUUUGAAUUUCCAUACUGAGGAACGGUACCUUAUUGAGGAAGCAUUGUGUUCGACAUUAUUUAUGACACAUGGAGAACCUGAUAUGCCAUGGUAUGUUUGAAGUCAGACACUUUGAGGUUUAAUUGUUUCCUCCAUCACCUACCAUCUGAGUAGCCUUGAACAAAUCAAUAUUGAACCUCUUUGCGCCAGCGAGACCACACGUACCUCACACGUUGCCAAAUGAAAUGGCGUAAUGACUUUUAAGAGCCUUACAUGGGUUGGGCACUUGAUAGCUGCUCAAGAAAUGCUUGUUUUCUUCCUCUUACUUCUAAUCAAAUUUAAAUUCUUAGCUUUCAUUCGAAGAUUUUAGAAACUUCCC